UCCCUCCGCCGCCGCCGCCAAUUCCUUGCCUUGCCGCCUCGACAUUGCCGUUGUUUGAAUUUUUUUUUUGUUUAGAGAGGUUCAAAGAAGAUGAGCGAUGAGAGUGUGAGUGAUGAGAGUGUGAGUGUUUUUUUAGGUUAAGGGCAAUAUUGUCAAACCAAGUGAAUUUUGUGGGCUUUAUGUAGUAAUUUGUGGGCGAUAUUUAACAAAUCCCAAAAAUAAAUAGCACUUGUUUAUUUGGUAAUUUAAUGUCCCUCUUUGGCAUGAUUGUUGUACUUAUUCUUGGCGAUAUGAUGUAAUUUCAUGGAUAUAUAUGUAUGGAUUACAGAUAAUAUAAUUUUAAUGUAAAAUGUACUAUUAUAGUUCUUAUAUAGGUUUUUUUUUUAAUUUUUUUUUAUAAUAUGCUUUUAUUGAAAAACAAUAGUUUAGAUAAUUAGAAAGGUAACUAAGGGGUGGGAUUGUGAUUAUUAAAUAUACUCGUAGAAGAUAAGUUGGGUGAAAAAUGAACUAAUGAUAACAUAAGUAAAUGUAUUGAAUUAAUUCUAGGUUAUUUUGUUAUCUAACCUUGGAUACAACCAUGAAAGAUUAAAUCAAAGAAUGUCACAAGUGGCAUGAGUGAUUUCUAUAUUUAAUUUACAGAAUAUAUAUGUUUAUAAAAAUAAUCGAAUUGCACUUGGUUACCUAAAUAGAUAGAUAAAUAAAUAAUAUUAGUAUGAAUUGGUCAUCCUUAUUAUUCUCUCCAUAAGUCUUAGAUUGUUUUCCCUAAAAUCAACUAAUAUUAUUCUAACAAUUACAUUUGUAACGUUUUUGUGAGCUAGAUCUCAUCAUAGUUACAUACUACCACGUGUGUGAUCAAAUUGAGGAAAUUUUAGUUACAUUUGUGUGAACUAAAUUACAACUCAGUCUUAGUCAUGCAUUAUCGUAAAACUUUCCGCAAAUAAACAUAUGGUUAAAAAUCACUCAAUACAACUUUUUCACGCCUUUAAAUACCCCAUUUAAAUUCACUUCUUACCAAAAAACAUAAAUUAAAAAGUUUCUAAUUAGCUUAUUAUCACAAUUAUAUAUAUAUAUAUAUAUAGAAAAAAUUUGAAAACAAAAAAAGGAAGAGUUUCACCAUUCUUUAAAUCAAUCUUCGUAUAUCAAUUAUUAUUCAGUUUGAAUAAUUUCCGAUGGAGUCAUAUAUCCUACAGAUUGUCACUAUUCUUUAUGUAGCAAUAAUAGCCACCGAAGCAACCUUUAUAAUUCCAGGAGGACAUUUUGGAAAAAAAGGUUAUGCAAAUUUCGGUGGUAACUUGAACUUUAAUAAGGAAGCUCACAUUUCUGGAGGGUUUAACUUUGGUGGACGCAAGGAAGUUUAUGGAGCAGGUAAAAUAAAAGGACAAACAGAAGCAACAAGUGAAGGUGACGCACAAUCGGGUGGUAAUAAUUUGGGUUUAGAAAAACAAAUUAGAGGCUCAGGAGGAUUAAACUUUGGUGGAUCUAGUCAAAAUCAAGGAGCAGUUAAAGGUCAAACACAAAUGAGAGUCAACUUUAACUUUGAUAAAAAGAGUAAAAGUUCAGGAGGCUUCAAUUUUGGAGGAAAUAAGGAUCUUUCAGGUGAAGGGAAAGCUCAAGGGUUAGGUAAAGGCCAAACACCAUCUGGCAACAACUAUAACUUUAAAAAGGAUGUUCAUACAUCUGGAGGGUUUGAUUUUGGAGGAAGGAAAGAAAAAAAUUAUCCUCACAACCAUGCAAUGGGGGGACCACAAAGAGUAGAAAAAAGCCAAUCACAUUUCGGUGGUAACUUUAAAUUUAACAAGGAAGCUCACGGUUCUAAAGGGUUCAAUUUCGGUGGACAAAAGGAAGAUUUUGGAGCAGGUAACACAAAAGGACAAACUGAAGCAACAAGUAAAGGGGAAGCACAGUCAGAUGCUAAUUCGAGCUUAGGUAAACAAGUUAAAGGCUCAGGAGGAUUAAACUUUGGUGGAUCUAGCUCGACAGCCGGUCAAAAUCAAGGAGCGGUUAAAGGUCAAACACAAAUGGGAGCCAACUUUAACUUUGAUAAAAAGAGUAAAAGUUCAGGAGGUUUCAAUUUUGGAGGAAAUAAGGAUCUUUCAGGUGAAGGAAAAGCUCAAGGGUUAGGUAAAGGCCAAACACAAUCGGGCAACAAUUAUAACUUAAAAAAGGAUAUUCAUGCAUCUGGAGGGUUUGAUUUUGGAGGAAGGAACGAAAAAAAUUAUCCUCACAACCAUGCCAUGGGGGGAACACAAGGAGUAGAAAAAAGCCAAUCACAUUUCGGUGGUAACUUUAAAUUUAACAAGGAAGCUCACGGUUCUAAAGGGUUCAAUUUAGGUGGAGACAAGGAAGAUUUUGGAGCAGGUAACACAAAAGGACAAACUGAAGCAACAAGUAAAGGGGAAGCACAGUCAGAUGCUAAUUCGAGCUUAGAUAAACAAGUUAAAGGCUCAGGAGGAUUAAACUUUGGUGGAUCUAGCUCGACAAUCGGUCAAAAUCAAGGAACAGUUAAAGGUCAAACACAAAUGGGAGCCAACUUUAACUUUGAUAAAAAGAGUAAAAGUUCAGGAGGCUUCAAUUUUGGAGGAAAUAAGGAUCUUUCAGGUGAAGGAAAAGCUCAAGGGUUAGGUAAAGGCCAAACACAAUCGGGCAACAAUUAUAACUUUAAAAAGGAUGUUCAUGCAUCUGGAGGGUUUGAUUUUGGAGGAAGGAAAGAAAAAAAUUAUCCUGACAACCAUGCAAUGGGGGACCACAAGGAGUAGAAAAAAGCCAAGCACAUUUCGGUGGUAACUUUAAAUUUAACAAGGAAGCUCACGGUUCUAAAGGGUUCAAUUUCGGUGGACACAAGGACGAUUUUGGGGCAGGUAAAACAGAAGGACAAAAUUAAGCCAAGCGGCAGGGGCAACUUAAGGGACUUGGCAUGGCCAAUCUAGCUACAAUGAACAAUGAACUCGAUCAAAGUUGAGAAAUAAGUUUGGGGUUUUUGCAUCCAAUAAUUUUAGUCGAAAUGUUGAAGAUUCAAGUUUAAGCCAAGGGUUGAGAUAGAUAAGCAUUAGAUUAAAUCCAAAAGGAACAUGAAUUCAUAAAGUUAUAACUAUUGAUAAUGUCAUUUUUUAUGAGAUUGUGAGCUACCUUAAUUAUUCAAUGAGGGUAGCUAGUUAAAUUGCAUGUGACCACUUUUAUGUAAGAGAUCGAGAAAUGAAAUUAUUAUUGUUUUUUU